CUUGGCCGCGGAGGAUUUGGCACCGUGGACGAAGUUCUUUGCAAGCCUACAAAUAAGACUUAUGCUCGCAAGAUCAUUCCUCUGGAACAGACAGCUGCGAAGGUCUCCGCCGAAGUCGAAAUUCUGAAGCAGUUACGCCACCAGCAUAUCAUCAACCUUGCCGCUUAUUGUACAACAUCAGAUCAACUGUGGCUGUUCAUGACACCGGUCGCUGAGGGGAAUUUAGCUACAUAUCUUCGUGGCGAUUCCAACUUCAGCUUUGGUUUGCCUGAUCGCGAACUCCUUCGGACGUGGGAAAGUGACUUAAUUUCUGCCCUGAAAUAUCUUCAUGGACGCGAGAUCCUUCAUGGAGAUAUCAAGCCGCAGAACAUGCUUGUUUCGUCUGAUAUGAAAAUCUACCUGUCCGAUUUUGGAAGUGCCAGGGCAAAAUACAUUGAACAAAGUCACGGAAUAGAGCCACAGCCAGCCUCCGCCUUGACUCCCAAGUACUCCGCCCCGGAAGUUUCCUAUCAUAAGUCUGUCGGCUAUAGUUGGGAGAUAGGAGCAGCCGCGGACAUUUUCUCACUUGGAUGUGUGUGGGCCGAGAUU